AUGCUCCGUUCAUCCUCCAUUCGUGUCCUCAGCCAAGCGCAGAAAGCCGUGGUCAGCUCGGAACGGGCGCUUUCGUUCCGUUUGAAUGACCAACAACGGGAAUUCCAAAAGGUGGCGCUACAGUUUGCCAAGGAAGAAAUUGCUCCCAAGGCCGCAGAAUACGAUAAAACUGGAGAAUUCCCAUGGGAUCUGAUCAAGAAGGCCCAUUCGAUCGGAUUGAUGAACCCAAGUGUUCCGGAAGCCUAUGGUAAGUAAAGAUUUUCGGAGUUUAUAUUAUCCAUUGUACUUUUGAUUCAUUAUUUUUAAAAUUUGCUGUUGAUUUGCAGGAGGUCCCGGCUGCACCAACAUUGAAACCGCCCUUAUUAUCGAAGCUUUAUCGUAUGGCUGCACUGGAGUUCAACUGGCCAUUAUGGGCCCUAGUUUGGCAUUGGCCCCUCUUCUUCUGGCCGGAAACGAAGCACAGAAGAAGAAAUACGCUGGAAUGCUGACUGAUGAGCCUUUGAUUGCGGUAAGUGAUACCAUAAUGAUCUUUAUUAUAUCAUUUUAGUCAUAUUGCGUAACCGAACCCGGAGCUGGAUCUGAUGUGAACGGAGUGAAGACAAAGGCUGAGAAAAAAGGUAGACGCUUUUGUGGAAUUUAUUGAAGUUUUAGACGGGAUAUAG